GCUCAGUGCAGCGAGAGUUGCCACUUAAGGGUUUCGCGCGCUUUCUCUAUGGAAGUAUGCUAAUAGGGGGGAGACUGUCCCUGCGCCCCUACGUGCGUCUACUUUUUGCGCGUGCUGCGGAUGGAAGUGCGCUUUUAAGGCCCCCCAGGGAAAAGCAGCGAAGUGGUGAAGCGGUGAAGCGCUCAGCAGCGAAAGUCGCCCUUUUGACGAACCCCUUCACAUAUACACGUUUAUGCAUACCCAGGGGGGAUACCACUGCCCCCGCGCAUGAUCCACGUACUGGUAAAAAAAACGUCUACAUGCUGACGCAUGAUCACAUGGGUGUGCCUCACCAGUGCUCCUUCCAGUUCCACGCAAACUAGCUGUAUAGCAUCCCCACGCAGAGUUGAAAGGACACCCGUUAGUCACCCCAAAAGGGAAAUGCAAACCGGGGGGAGGAGAACCCCCCACAAGAAUAGGAUUUAGCCAAAUUACCCAACUGUGCUCAAUUAAGACGGGAGAAAAUGUCUUUGGAGUUCUGUUCGGACGAGGCCCUUCAGAUAAAAUGCUCCUACCUGAUAGAAAAAUAUAAAAAGAAGCUUCAAAAGGUGAAGCAGCUUAAGAGGGAACUCAAAGCGUCGAUCGAGAAAAAGAGGAAAGAGAUCUACAUGGACAGAUACUUUCUCAAUAAAGAAAAAGAGCACCUGUACAGCGAACUAGCCAAAGAGAAAGAAAAAAUCGAAAUGGAACACCUCGAAAAAACGAAGGAACUGUACAACAGCUACUUUGCAGAUAUAUUUUUGUACGAGCAGGAAUACUACCAGUGCAUUUAUAAGGUGUUUAAAAAUUUGCUGCUCAAGAAGGAAGAAAUUGACAACAAGGAAAGGCGCGUUCUGAAGUUGCAAGAACACGCCUGGAUGACGCUUUCAGACAGGAACGUAAGAGGAGAGAUAAGCAAAAGGGUGAGCAAACAGGUAAGCGAAGAGGCAAGCAAACGGGUAAGCGAAGAGGCAAGCAAACGGGUAAGCGAAGAGGCAAGCAAACAGAUAAGCGAAGAGGUUAACGUAAAGGAAAACACACGCUUAAACGCACACUCAAACGAAUACUCAAAUGCAAAUGCAAACGCGGCGGACGAAAGAACAACUCGACGCCCCGACGGGGACCCGAUCAACCACCCGCAAAAAACGGAGCACACCCAACACGACAAACAUUUCGACAUAGACCAUUUAUGCGAUUUGAACAUUAACGAAAUUUACCAAAGCAUCAUCCUAGACCAAGGAGAACUUGCACACAAAUUCACCAACGAAGGUGAUGAAUUCUCUAAGUCGCUUAUGAGGGAGAUUCAGGCGGGGAUCACCCCUCCCCCGUUUCUGGGUGAAAAGGACGAAUUUGGCAGUGAACAGUGUAGCAGUGUGUCUAGAAGGGGAGAAAGUGACCAGGGGGAGGAAGGAAUAGAAAAAAGAGACACGUGGAAGGAACAGCAAUUUUUGGAACCGAGUUCACACGGAAAAGGGGGUGCCCACACGGAAGAGCUACGUAACCCACUCGAAAUGGAAGAAAAUUCCGGGGAUGAAGAGGCGAUCCAGAAAAAUGUGCCCCCUUCGCGUGGAGAAAUUGGGAAAACGGACUGGCACGCAGGAGAGGGGAGAGAAGAUGACAAACGUUAUGUGCAAGAUGUGCGUUGUAGGAAUGGCGGGGUUGAGUGGGACGACGCAAUUGAAGAUGCCCACUUGAAUGCCCACCUAGGUGAAGCAAAAAAGGCUCCCCAGCGUGGAGACGACGAAGAGAGCACCAUUUCCAAAUCGGGCGGAACAGAACAAUGCGAGGGGGUGGAAGAAGAUGGAGAAGAGGGCGAAGUGGGAGAAGUGGCGGAAGUGGAAGAAUAUGGAGACGUAGAUCCCGGCGGGAGCACCCAUUUCGCUGACCAAACGGAAGAAAUAAAAUGCUUGGCAAAUGAGGAAACGCGCAAAGGGGAAGAAGAUGACCCAUUUGAGUACCAACCAAAUGGUAAUGCAGCAUACACAACUAGCGAACAUUUGGACUCUGCAGUACAUAUGCUCGGAGAAGAACCCGGUGGACGGCACCGACGCAGCGCCAUCGAUGUUAAUGCACUGAGCGACGAAGCUAAAGAAGGACUACGAAAUAGCGACCUUUUUGAAAACAGAGAGGUGGGAAAUACGAAAAAGGAUAACGCGGAACUGGACCAAGUGAUAGAAAAUAACAUAGACUUUAACAUCUCGAGCUACUUCAGUGGAAGCUAUGACGACAUCGCUGACUGUGAGGUAUUAGGGAGGGUCGACGAGGGGGCGGUUGCACUGCACGGUGAUGCCGCCGAUGGUGCGGCGGAUGAAGAUGACGAUGCUGCUGACGAUGCCGAUGCCGCUGCCGAUGCCGAUGCCGCUGCCGAUGCUGCUUCCGAACCGGGGUGUAACAUGAUCCAAGAGCUCGAUUCGAGCGCGGAUCCGGAGAUGGGGGACGCGCAAAAUGUGGAAAUCUGCACAGUAGGGGAUCCCCCCAAGCAGAUAAAUCCAAACAGACAAUUCGACCUCGAACUAUAUACCAACCAAACCGAUGAGAUAAAAAAAGAGGAAGACCCCUCCCAAGGAAACAACAACCCAAUUGCCCCCUUCAACGAGCACAUUAACAGCUUCUACAAUGAAUAUGAGCACAUGAGAAGGUUUAAUGAAGGCAACCACAAAAUCCAGUCAUCCAUUUUAAAUACGCUGUAUAGUUACCAUAACGAGUAUUCCAUUCCGAUAGAGAAGAUGCAAACCUUUGAGAAUUACGUGGAGGAAAUUGGCCAGCUGGAGAAUUACGAGCGUAUCUUCAGCUUCAUCAACGGAGGGGCUGAGCAGCAGGCUCGCGCGGAUUGUGACGACGACCCUGAUGGUACCCCUCACGUUAUGACGAAAAAAACUGUGGACAGUAAGGCGAACUCCAAUUUGGGCCUACACACAGUUAAAGAGCUGAUCAAUUACGUGAGUGCAAGCGGCAAGGGGGACGAGACUGACAAAGGCGGCUUCAAAAAGAAGAAGCAGAAGCAGAAGCGGAGAGAAUGA